CCGGUGCCGGUGUUAUGGCCGGUGGUCGGUGGCUAGUGGAGCCGCGGCGGCUGAUGCGUGCCGGGCUGGGGCUCAUCGUGCUGGGGCACGGCGGCCUGGCGCUGGGAGCCAUCGUGCACGGCUCGGUCCUGCGCCAUGUGGCCGGCACCAGCCGCGCCGUCACCCCCGCGUACGCGGUGGCCAACGUGGUGUCGGUGGUCUCGGGGCUGCUGAGCAUCGCCGCGGGCAUCGUCGCCAUCCUGGUGUCCCACAACCUGUCCCGGGCAGCGCUGCACUGGGCCCUGCUGAGCGUGUCCCUGCUGAACUGCCUCCUGUCCACAGCGUGCAGCGUGGGCCUGGCGCUGGCCAUCGCCCUCACCGUCAACAGCCGGGGCACGCACCUUAUCACCGGCUGCAACAGCUCUGCGCUGCCUGCUGACGCCCGUGCAGCCAUAGCGACCAACGACUGUCCUUUCAACACCACUCGCAUCUAUGACACAGCCCUGGCGCUCUGGUUCCCCUCUAUGGUGCUGGCAGCUGCAGAAGCUGUGCUGUCUGGCAGGUGCUGUUUGGUGGCUCUGAUCUUCCGGGGCAUUGGGCCCUGUUCACGCAGCUACACCAAAGAGCAGCUGGCUGGACCAAGUACAGUGAAGGAGGGGGCACCACAUGAGAUGCAGAAGUUCCUGCCAGGACUGGCUGAGUCUUGUACCUAGCUGGAGAAGUAGUGCUGAAGGAGUGCUGUGACCCAGUGAAGUGAAGUUGCACCUGCACCGUGCUCUUGUUCUAGGUGUGGGUAGGACGGGCUGCAGGGGGUAAGGGGUCUGCCUUCCCCACCAGCUCCACCACCCUGCCUGGGACAGACCCGGGUUCCAGACACAAGCUGCCCAUGGUCACCAGCCAGCCUUUGCCCAGCACGUGCUGUGUGCCCCAGAUGCUGUCCCCUUCUGUCCCCAAGCUGCAGGGCCCUUGAGGGCACACUGAAGGCUCCAUCAAUCUUUUACACACAGUAAUGGGGGCAGGCAGAGCUGCAACAGGCAGGGUCCUGAUGGCCCUGCUGCAGAGCAGGCAGGGUCAGCUUGCUGUGCCUGUGCUCAGGUAGACCAAGGAAUGGAAGGUGAAAAAUCCCUUUAUUGUGAGCCUCUGUUGUUUCCCUGACUAAAUAAACUUUUAUACUGACUGCUCUAA